CCAACUUUCUUGUUUGCUUCCCACCGGCCGCUGCGUGACUGCGUAUGACGCAUCUGCCGCGUUGAGAGGGGCAGCCUUGUACUUUCGCCUGCCUCUUGCAUGCAACAAACACCACCUGUCCACAGCCGUCGCUGCUGCUGCUGCUUCGUCGUCCCUCACCAACCGCUGCCGUCGUUGCCAGCGCGGAGCCCUCGUCGACACCGACUGCUGCGGCGCCCGGCCGACCGAGCCUUGUUGACACCAGCAGCUGACUGCCGCGAGUGAGGGGUCCCGCGAGUUUGCCUGGCACGACACGUGUGCCCGCCGCUGCGACCAUGUUUGUCCUGCGCAAUGUCGGCAAGCUCAUCUUCGGCUCCAGCGCCCAAGAGUCGCUCAUCGAGCUCCCCCAGGGCCAGCUGUACCUGGUCCGCCCGCUCUCGCCCAAGGGCUACUCGGAGCUCAUCUUCAAGGACGCGGCCAUCCGCAUCCGCCGCACCAACCAAGACUUCCACUACCAGCUCGUCGUGCAGCGCGUCUUCGAGGAGGGCGAGGCCGAGCUGCUGGCCGAGGAGGAGGGCGACGACGCCGAGCUCGACGCCCUCGCCGCCGAGCGCGACGAAAAGACGUUUCUGCUGGGCGAGGAGCUGCGCCUCCGCGCCGAGUUCCGCGAGGGCGAGGAAAAGGUGCUGGCCUGGCGGGACCUGAGCGGCGACACGGGCGACGUCUACGAGUUUGUCUGCGACGCGCAGGUCUCCGAGGCGCAGGUCCGGCAGUUUGUGCGCGCCGCCCAGGAGUGCCAGUACGAGCGCAAGUACCGCAAGCCCCACGCCACGGCCGCCGACGACGACUUUGAGCAGUUUGAGUUUCACCAGGAGAACCCCAUCCCGCCCGCGAGCCCCAUCCACAGCCCGACCCUCGCCCGGUCCAUCGAGUCGGUCGACGACAUGUACAAGCAGCGGACGCCCGCCAACGCGUCGGCGAAGCGCAUCGACGCCGCCGCCGCCGCCGCCGCCGCCGACCCCGUCACGCCCGAGAAGCCUGCGGCCACGGCGGCAACGCCGGCACCCGCCAGCCCGCAGGCGCCGCCCAAGCCCAUCGAAAUGUACGCCGCCGUCACCGCGGAGCUGCACCUCUUCGACCCGCAGCCCGGCCACUUUGUCAUGAUGGACGAGUCCGUCGUGGCGACCGUGUCCGAGGUCGGCAAGUGGGAGUACUGGCUGCAGAUUGACGGCAGCGAAAAGUCGUGGCUGGGCACCCCCGUCGUCGCCGAGUUCAACCCCGUCUUCGACUUCGAGUACCUCUCGUUCGUCUUCAACCACUUUGGCAGCGACGGGUCGGCGCGGUCGUGGCUGCUCCGGUUCAAGGACCAGCCGACGCUGGAGCGGUUCCAGGAGGCGGUCAUGCAGGCCAUCUGGGAGCGGCUCAACGAGACCAAGUGGGCCAAGAUUCAGGAAAAGGAGCGCGAGUACGUGCUCGACUCGUUUGGCGACCUCAACAUGGAGGACGCGCCGCCCAUUGAGGAAGAGGAGGAGGAGGAGGAGGAGGAGGAAGAGGCCGACGAGGACGAGGACGAGGGCAUCCGCAGCGAAGAGUACGACUCCAAGGACGAAGAGGCCGACGAGGACAGGCGGGACGGCGAGGUCAACUCGCAGCUGGCCGUCGGGUACAAGCACGACCGGUCGUUUGUGGUGCGCGGGUCCAAGAUUGGCGUCUUCUCGCACACGCCCGACAACCGGCUCAAGUUCUCGACCAACAUCUCCAAGGUCAUGACGCCCAAGGGCAAGCUCAUGAGCCCGAAAAAGGUGAUGCUGCACAGCGAGGACCGCGACAUGAUCAUCCAGAACAGCGUCGACCCCAACAAGCUGUACCGCAUGGACCUCGAGUACGGCAAGGUGGUGGACGAGUGGAACGUGCACGACGACGUGCCCGUCGUCAACUUUGCGCCCGAGAACAAGUUUGCGCAGAUGACGGGCGAGCAGACGUUCCUGGGCGUGUCGCACAACGCGCUGUACCGCGUGGACCCGCGGCUGGCCGGCAACAAGCUCGUCGACGCCGACAUGAAGCAGUACGCGUCCAAAAACGACUUUUCGGCGCUGGCGACGACGGAAAAGGGCUACAUCGCCGUCGCCAGCAACAAGGGCGACAUCCGGCUCUUCGACCGCCUCGGCAUCCGGGCCAAGGCGCAGCUGCCGGCGCUCGGCGACCCCAUCACCGGCAUGGACGUGUCGGCCGACGGCCGCUGGAUCCUCGGCACCACCAAGAACUACCUGCUGCUCGUCGACGCGCAGCAGCGCGGCGGCAAGAACGAGGGCAAGCUGGGCUUCGAGAAGCCCUUCGCCGCCGACGCCAAGCCGCAGCCCAAGCGCCUCGCCCUCACGCCCGAGCACGUGGCGCAGUUCUACCACGAGACGGGCAAGCCCAUUUCCUUUACGCCCGCAAAGUUCAACACGGGCGCCGGCGCCGAGGAGACGAGCAUCAUCACCGCCACGGGCCCGUACAUUAUCGAGUGGAACCUGAAGCGCGUGCUGCGCGGCGUCAAGGGCGCGUACAAGAUCAAGCGCUACGUCGAGGAGGUCAAGGCCGACGACUUCAAGUUUGGCUCCGACAAGAACGUCAUCGUCGCCCUGCCCAACGAGGUCAACAUGGUGGCCAAGCAGAGCCUGCGGCGGCCCACGCGCGAGAGCAUCAUUGGCGACGUGCGUCUGAGCGGCGGCGGCGGCGGCGGCCGGAGGAGCUCGGCGCGCAUCGGCACCCUCGACAGCGGCCGCUACAAGCUCGGCAAGGACGACAUUGUGGACUCGCCGUACUAGCUCGCCGCCACCGUGUUU